AUGUUCUUCUGUCAUAUCACAUCAUCAUACCCCUCCAUCGCCGUCAUCCUCGAAUCCAAAACAGCCGCCGAGGUCCACGAGUCCCUUUCCUACCCAGUCUACACAGCAUGUUUGGAGGACAAGCCAAAUGCUUUCCACGAUAAGGUUGAUUUGACAGUUACACUGGGUGGAGAUGGCACAAUCUUGCAUGCAUCUUCGUUGUUCGCUACAUGCCCAAAUGUUCCCCCAGUGCUGUCAUUCAGCAUGGGCACCCUGGGGUUCCUGAGCGAAUGGAAGUUCUCUGAGUUCAAGCGAGCCUUUCGAGAAGUUUACAUGUCUGGCGCUGGCGCCGGAGAUCGUACGCCCGUUCUUGAAACUCGGCCGUCACCGGAAGUAGCACCUGGGUCGGAGACUCAAGAGCCAUCUUUGGGUCCAACCGGAUGGUCAUCUGUGCGGGGGCAGUCUAUGGGCGCGACUCGUGGGGCACCUAUACUCAUGCGCAAUCGUUUGAAAGUCGGACUCUUCACAGCAGACGGCAAAGAGACGACUCCGGUCCGAGGCAAGACUGAUCAUGGUCAAGGAGUGUACGUGAUGAACGAGCUGCUCAUCCACCGCGGCAAAGAGCCUCAUCUCGCAGUGGUGGAUAUCUUCGUGGGCGGUCGGUUCUUGACCGAGGCCGUGGUUGACGGAAUCAUCAUCUCAACGCCGACGGGCAGUACAGCAUACAGUCUGAGCAGCGGUGGGAGUAUCGUGCAUCCACUGGUCCCCUCCGUCCUCUUGACCCCAAUUUGCGCCAGGAGUCUGAGCUUCCGGCCCCUUGUUCUCCCCUUCAGCACACCGAUCACGAUGCGACUUAGCGAGAAGAACCGCGGUCGAGAACUAGAAGUCAGCCUGGACGGUGUUAACCUGGGUCAAGGCAUGGCCGUUGGAAUGGAGGCUCGAGUAUGGAACGAAGAGAUGAGGCAUGGAGAGAAUGAGUGGCAGGGUGGUGUCCCAAGUGUCAUGCGCCGGAGUAUGGGUGGUGAAGCUCACGAGGGAUGGGUGGGCGGUUUGAAUGGACUGCUCAAGUUUAACUACCCCUUCGGUGAGUGA